AUGGAGCAGACAAAAGCUCUCAACGCCCUCGAGCCCUUUCUCGCUCUCUCCAAGUCGGCCACAUCUCCCCGCGCCGCCGCCGACCUCGUCACCCGAGCCACCUCCGCCCAAAACACCUUUCUCUUCACCGAGCUCCUCCAAACACCCGCCAUCCAGGGCCUCACUGGUUCAGAGUUCGCGUCACACCUCACACUCCUCCAGACAUUCGCCUAUGGCACAUACGCUUCCUACAAAACGACCGAGGGUCUGCCCGCCCUCUCAGAGGCCCAGGCAACAAAGCUCCGUCAGCUCUCGCUCCUCACACUAGCCCGAGACAGAAAGAACCUAUCCUACGCCGCGCUACAGGAUGCCCUCGACUUGCCCGGAGACCGUGAAGUUGAGAACCUUGUCAUCUCGGCCGUUUACGCCGGUCUUCUCCAUGCCACGCUCGACCCAGCCCGUGCUGCCGUCCAGGUCACCAGCGUCGCCCCCCUACGUGACCUCGCUCCGGGAGCGAUACCCGACCUGGCUACGGCGCUCAAGAAGUGGUCAGACCGCUGCACUUCGACUCUCGGGGACUUGGAAACUCAGAUCAAGGAUAUCCAGACAGCGGCCACGGCACGACAGCGGGAGCAGCGUGCUGCUGACGAUAAGCUCAAGCAGCAAGUGAGCGACGCCCAGGAGGGUAGCGCGCGCGCGUUCGGCAUGACGGGCUUGACGAGGGAAAUGAUCAAUAGAAGAGGUCUUAACAAGCGGCCCGUCAUGGAAGUCGGUAGCCUGCCAGAGAGUGAGCUCAUGGACGUGGACGAGUCUGAGGAGGAGAAGAAGCGAGCCAGCAAGCGCAAGAUGUGA